AUGUAUACAGGUUAUCCACCAUUUAAAGGUCAAUCAGAAGUUCUUCUAUUUGAAUCGAUCUGUAGAAAAAAACCAUUAAUACGAAAAACAUUUUCAUCAAAUUUUAAAAAUAUAAUACUUAAAUUACUUCAAAAAAAUCCAAUAAAACGAUUGGGAUCGUUCGAAAUUAAACAACAUCCAUGGUUUAAUGAAAUCAAUUUUGAUUCAAUCUAUAAACAACAAAUACCAUCACCAUUCUAUGAAAAUGUUCUUAUUAAAUCAUUAUCGAAUUAUCGUCAAGAAGCAGUAAAACGUAAUGAAAAACCAUUACUUAUAGCUGAUCAAGAUGAUUAUAUAGAAGAUUUUAAAGAUUUUUAA